CUGUUCAUCUUUGAUGGUCUGGAUGAAAGUCGAUUUACUCUGGAUUUCAAGAACAAUCCGAUCCUGACUGAUGUUACAGAGUCCAGCUCAGUGGAUGUUCUGGUGACAAACCUCAUCAGGAGGAAACUGCUUCCCUCUGCUCUCCUCUGGAUAACCACACGACCUGCAGCAGCCAAUCAGAUUCCUGUUGAGUGUGUUGACAUGGUAACAGAGGUCAGAGGGUUCACUGACCCCCAGAAGGAGGAGUACUUCAGGAAGAGAUUCAGAGAUGAUGAAGAGAAGGCCAGCAGGAUCAUCUCCCACAUCCAGAAAUCAAAAAGUCUCCACAUCAUGUGUCACAUCCCAGUUUUCUGCUGGAUCACUGCUAAAGUUCUGGAGGAUGUGAUGAAGACCAGAGAGGGAGAAAAACUGCCAAAGACUCUGACUGAGAUGUACAUAGCAUUCCUGGAGGUUAACUUCGCAAUCAAGAAGGAAAAGUAUGAUGGAGGAAAAAAGACAAGAUCAAUCUGGAGUCCAGAGAACAAGAAGCUGAUUGAGUCUCUAGGAAAACUGGCUUUUGAGCAGCUGCUGGAGGGAAACCUGAUCUUCUAUGACGAAGAGCUCAAAAAGUGCGGCAUCAACAUCAAAGAUGCUGCGUUGUUCUCAGGAGUGUUCACUGAAAUGUUUAAAAGAGAGAGAGGGACGUGCGACAUCUCCGUCUACUCCUUUGUUCAUCUGAGCAUCCAGGAGUUUCUGGCUGCAGUCUACAUGCUCCACUGUUUCACCAGCAGGAAGUCAGAGGUGAUCAAGACGUUUCUGGGAGAAAAAUACAGAGAAACAUCUCUAGAUGAGUUCAUGAAGGAAGUCAUGGAGAAAUCCCUCAGCAGUAAAAAUGGCCACCUGGACCUGUUUGUCCGCUUCCUUCAUGGUCUCACUGUGGAGUCCAACCAGAGACUCUUAGAAGAUCUGCUGGGUCAGACAGAGAACAGUCCAGAAACCAUCCAGAGAAUCAUCACCAACCUGAAGGAGAUGAACACUGAUAGAAUCUCUACUGACAGAAGCAUCAACAUCUUCUACUGUCUGGUGGAGAUGAACGACGUCUCAUUUUAUCAGGAGAUCCAACGGCUGCUGGAUUCAGGGAAGAAGCUCUCAGAGACUGACUGUUCAGCUCUGGCCUUCAUGCUGCAGAUGUCAGAGGUUCUGGAUGAGUUGGACCUGGAGAAGUACAACACAUCACCAGAUGGACGACGGAGACUGGUUCCAGCUGUGAGGAACUGCAGA